AAAAAAAUCAAACCCAAAUUAUUCCCCCAAAAUUUUCAAAAUUAGCAACAUUGAAAAAUGAAAAUUCAAAAGAUUUAUUAUAUGACGUGUAACAACAUUCGUUCUCCCCCACACGCAUGGGAACAGUCAGUCAAGUACCGUUGGCACGCCUAAGCUGCCUAAGCUAAGUAAUUAAUCUUUGCUUUCCUUCUUUUCUUCCUCCAUUUUUCCGAUUCUCUACUCCUGAACAACCUUCUUCUUCCUCUAAUUUUCAUCAAAUUCACUAACUCAACAACUAUUUUUCCGAUCAACUGAGUGAACUUCGAGCUCUAACUGCCGAUUUCUUUGCCGGAUUUUUCGGGUGCAUCCCUAAUUUUUGUGGGUUAUUUUUGAUCUUGAGAUCUCAUUGAGAUGCCAAACUCGUUGGAGUUAGCUAAGCAUGAGACAGAUGUUGGACCUGCUAUAAGAGAAGACAGUGAAUAUGUAAGUCUGGUGACAUCUGAUUUAACUAAGAGGACUGAAGCUGGGGUCUUACAUUCCCAGGCUGAAGUCAGAUCGAAGUCCUUAGCCUGGUGGAUCAAAGCCUUGAUACUAUUCAGUACUUCUGUAGCAUGUGUUCUUGUAUUAUUAAAAUGGGGAGUUCCAUUUGUUUUUGAGAAGAUUCUUCUUCCAAUGAUGCAAUGGGAAGCCACUGCCUUUGGUCGUCCAGUACUUGCUUUGGUGCUUGUUGCUUCUUUGGCAAUCUUCCCUGUACUUUUGAUCCCUUCCGGACCUUCCAUGUGGCUAGCAGGCAUGAUCUUUGGUUAUGGUCUAGGCUUUGUGAUAAUCAUGGUUGGAACAACUAUUGGGAUGAUUCUUCCAUAUGCAAUUGGAUUGCUGUUCCGGGAUAGAAUCCAUCAAUGGUUAAAUAGAUGGCCAGAUAAGGCUGCUAUGCUGCGAUUGGCUGCAGAAGGCAGUUGGUUUCAUCAGUUUCGUGUGGUCGCAAUCUUUAGGGUUUCACCAUUUCCUUAUACUAUAUUCAACUAUGCAAUUGUGGUGACAAAUAUGAGAUUUUGGCCGUAUCUGUGGGGAUCAAUUGCUGGAAUGGUGCCAGAAGCUUUUAUAUACAUAUACAGUGGCCGAUUGAUAAGGACAUUUGCUGAUGUCAAGUACGGGAAUCAUCAUCUAACAUGGGUGGAGAUUGUGUACAAUAUAAUCUCCCUCAUCGUUACUAUACUCACCAUUGUUGCUUUCACUAUGUAUGCCAAGAGAGCCUUAGAUGAACUUAAGAUGGCAGAUGCUAAGGAAGACCGAGAAGGAGGUUCAUCAACCCAUGAUUUCCGGAUACAAAUGGACAGUCUUCCGCUCGAGAGACCCAGACAUCAAGAUCUGACAUCUUACAAUUCUUAAUGUAGGCAGCAAAGAUAAGUUUAGCUUUGUAAAUAAGGAGUUGCUAAAUUGGGGUACAAGGGGAUGAAAUGUUUGUAUAUCACAGAAUGUAUCAUCAUACGCACAUUGUUAACAUGAGAUAAUGCGUCUAAUCUUAUUCUCAUGUGUAUUAAGUGUUUUCUUUUUUUCUUUUUUUUUUUGGCCUGUUGAUUUAACAUAAUGGUGCAUACUAAUUUUUUAAUCCAAUUUUUCAUUACUAGUU